AUAUACACAGUUUCGUGAGGAUAUCUCAUUCCGUUCAGGGGUUAUUGCCAUUUUGUCAAAGUAGCCACCCGGAAAUUCUUCAUCACGGCAAACGAAGUGAACGCUAAGGAGUAAGAGAGGGACAUCACCAGGUGGGCGUGGUUUUAUCGAACGUUAUCGAGCACGCAGACAAGUUGAAUCUCAGAUCAAAUAUAUUCGAGCCGCCAGAUUCCAGACAUCCAGUAGAUGUUAGACCGGCACUUUGAUCUUUACUGAUUAUGGAUGAAAAGGAGCAGAAUGUCGGAGCCUUUGAUUUAAACAUUCCCGAGGAGGGUCCUACAGUGCCACCUGCAGGCUGGUUGGAUCGUGUGACGGGCUAUGAAGGCCAUAAAGGUGGAGACUGCACAGAUCAGAUUUACCCUCCUCCACCUGACUUCAUUCCUGAGCCUGAGAAUGACAAGAAAGCCUCCAUCCCUAAUGUGAUGGUGCCUCAGGUGUCUGAAGAUGUGGCCAGGGAAGCGUUGCUCAAGUUUGUUGGAAAAAAAUGGACAUAUAGCAGCAAACCUGCCCAGAACCUGGUCUUCAAGGAUUUGAAGCCUUUUACAGUGUAUCGUUAUCGCUUGGAAACAUUUACAGAGUCCAGAUCAAGUGCCUGGGAGCAUGAGAUAUAUACUGGUCAGUAUGUGGACGGACCACAGUAUGGCAGCAUUCCUCCUCCAUGGCAGGUAGAAGUGCAGUAUCCCUCCAAAUUCACUGACACGAUCCAGAAAGUGCGUGUGCCUCACACUUCAUCUGUAAAGGCUUGUCAUCAGUGCCAGGGGAAAGGACGUGUGCGCUGUACACACUGCCAUAGCAGAGGAUGGACCAGCUGUAUGUCCUGUCAUGGUGCUGUUCACGGCCGGAACAGAAGAUGUGUAGGCUGCCAUGGAAGAGGAAGAAAAAUAUGUACAUGGUGCCAUGGUAGUGGUCAUAAAACAUGCCGUAAAUGUAAUGGCCGUAAAAAGCUUUUGCAUUUCAUUCAGCUCACUGUCACAUGGAAGAACCAAGUGUAUGAGUUCAUACCCGACCGGCUGCCUGAGUUCCCCCUGAAGAAGUUUGAGAGAGUGUCCGGGGAAGCAUUCUUUAUAGACGAAAGUCUCCUGGUUUAUCCAAUUGUAGGCUUCCCUGACAAAGAGAUUUGCAAUGCCUCUGAAGAAGCUAUUCAUGAGCACCUGAAUAAAUACUUUAUUAGUCGCAUCGUGCAACAGCGACAGUCGGUAGAGCUGGUGCCUCUCACUCAAGCAUUCUACUCCUACAAUGGCAAAGUCUAUGACUAUUUUGUUUAUGGGACUGAAAAGAAGGUUUACACCACAAAAUAUCCGACUUCCUGCACUCUCCUGUAGCAUCAUGCCUUAUGACUUUUAUCAGUGACAAAUGUGAAAGAAUUGUUGGUAAUUAUUUUCUGGCUGCAUUACAGAUUAUAAUAUAAUGCUUUUAAGGCUUCUUUGUUAUACAUAAUGUAUUAUCCUUUACAUAAUGAUAAUAUUAUGUGCAAGUAAACAGAUUAUUAAUACGGUAUGAAUGAAGGUUUAAACAUUUCUGGUUGUAUAAUGUAGGUAUAUAUUACACUACGCUUGUGUUGAGAAUCUUUAUUAAUACAAUAAACCUGCAAUUGAGACUUAUUAAAUUAAUCACUUUAUAUAAAGAGUAUACUUUUUAAAACUGUUUGGAAUUUUUAUUGAUAUGUAAAUACUUAUUCCCAUUUGCAUCAUGACUUUGAAUUGUAAUAAAUGCCACAUUGUAUAA